GGCCGAUUCCGUAGAGCUCCUCAGCUUUGAUGCGGAGCCGCUCGAGAGAAGGUCAGCUUUAAAGCUGAAGGAGGAAGGAAAUUCCUUGGUGCGUUGCAAGAAGUUCCAGGAAGCGAUACAGUGCUACGAGGGCCAAAUUUCAGUGGUCCAAGUUGCCACCAGCGGCGUUCAAAUUCUGAGCAUCUGA